UUUCUGGAAGUAUAAAUGGAAACAGCUGGAGUUAGCUUUUAUAUGCUGGAUCUGGAAAAAGAUAGAUUAGGAAAAAAAUAAGUGUGUAUGUAUAUGUAUGUGUGAGGAAAAAACCAUAUUUUCUGUCAUGGUUACGUGUUGCUUGAUAUUUCUUCUAGUUUCUUUAUAUCUCUGAUGUGAACUUGUAUUGGGUUUUUUGCUUUUUCCACCGCACUUACAGAGAUACCAAAAAUGAAAAAGGUUCUCCCUUUCCUUUUCUAUAGGGGUUGGGGAGUUGGGAAAAAAAAUUAAGAGGAUAGCAAAGUUAAUUCUCCUUCUUUAGAUUCCAAGGCCAAAAAGGUUAAAAUUUUGGGUUAUGAAAAGAAAAAGGAACAGCCCUUGAACCCUUUCAUGGGUUGUGUUUUUUUGCUCAAACUGGGUGAUUCUCUUCUUAUUAAAAGGAUAGCAUGGUUCAGCUUUCCAUGGUGUCCGAAUAUGACAUGGGAGCAGAAGGUGAUCUAUUCAAAGCUCCAGAACCAAUUAUAGAGGAACCAGUCAUGGGACUUGAUCCAGUGACAGCAGCUAUUUCAAUGGUAUCUUGUGGAGAAGAUGUCAUGUCACGCCAAGCACUCAAGGUUGCAGACAUUGAAUCGUUUCAACAGGAGCAGCUUUUGAACGAGGUCCUGUAUGAAUGUGAGAAGGAUCUCUUUGAGCAAGCAGCCAUGGAUAUGUCGCUGUCCGAAGUCCUAGAUAUUAAGAUUCCUUCUCUAAGGAUAGAUGGAAACUUUUUCCAAGAAAACAAACAGCUUUCGGAUUCAUCAUUCCAGAAAAGCAUCAGCUCAGAAUCUUUGAGCUCAAUGGAGUGGAUGCAAGGAUCUGUGACCAAGCCGAAUUUCCUGGAUUUCCCCGUAAUGGAUUUUAGUGCUGCUUAUGGAAUGCGCCGGGCAUUUAGUGAAGGAGAUAUUAAGACUCUUGGCAAUGGUAACAUAAGCCUCAUCCAUUCUCCCCACGAGCGGCCGAUGAUCAUUAGCAAAAGUAUCUCGGAGGAACGCAAGGAAAAGCUUUCAAGAUACAGGAAUAAGAAGACAAAGAGGAACUUUGGCAGGAAAAUCAAGUACGCUUGCAGGAAGGCUCUUGCUGACAACCAACCAAGGAUCCGAGGAAGGUUUGCAAAAACUGAGGAAUCUGAUGGAAAGAGGCAAUAGCUUUGAUUUGUAUAACAAGAUUAAGAAGCAUCUUAGGAAGAAAGUAGCUAGGUCAACGGUUCUCAAUAAACCCUGAUCCUCCUUUUCAAAAUUCUGCUUAGUAGUUAAUCUGUUAUUGGUGUAAUAACCUACCAACUUUGGCCUUGUAGAGUUGUAAAUAGAGUAAUAUGCUAAAUAAAAAAGGAGGCCAAGCAAAGUUGUACUUGUUCAUAUAAUAUGUUAUGAAAUGUAAUAUGUUGAGUUUUUGCUAUAA